AUGCAAUUGCAACUUCGUUUAAGAACACUAGGGCUCUCAAGAAGCGAAACUUGCUGAAACAUUUAAUCGGUGCAGUUUUAUACUCGUGAUCCACGACUUUUUGACACGGAACCCUGCAGUUUAUACACAAGAUGUCCGGGCACGGACACGGGCAUGGGCACGGCUGCAGCUGCGAGCAUGAGCACGACCCCGCAGAGAGGGGCCUGGAGUACGGACUGUAUCAGCGGAUCGACCUGGAGAAGCUGCAGUGCCUGAACGAGAGCAGGGACGGAGACGGGAAGCUGGUGUUCAAACCGUGGGACCAGCGCCGCGAGCGAGAAAAGUUUGUGGAUAGUGAUGCAGACGAGGAGCUGCUGUUCAACAUCCCCUUUACCGGCAGUGUGAAGCUGAAAAGCAUCAUUAUAUCAGGAGAAGAUGACGACACUCAUCCAGCUGAGAUUAGGCUUUUCAAGAACGUUCCUCAGAUGUCUUUUGAUGACACAGGCAGAGAACCGGAGCAGUCAUUCAGGCUCAACAAAGACCCCAAUGCAGAGCUGGAGUAUCCUACAAAGAUCGCACGUUUUACCAACGUAGAGCACCUUUCCAUCCACAUCUCCAAAAACUAUGGUGCAGACAACACCCGGGUGUACUACAUCGGGCUCAGAGGAGAGUUCACAGAGGCUCACAGACAUGAAGUGACCAUCUGCAACUACGAACUGGCAGCAAACCCUGCCGACCACAAAGUGGACAACGUCGUCCCACAAACCAGCUUUAUCUCCUGAUGGCUUCUCUGAAACCAGGAGGGAGGAAGGAGAGCUUUUGAGGGAAAGUUCAGUGCAGCGUCCAGAUAGCAGCGCUAACCUCCGCUGAGAACGACCUGUGACUGGUGAAGGAGGAGAGGGCUUCCCCAUCGGGCACUUACUCUGUUGCCAUGGUGGCGCAGCUGGACGGCUUACUGUGGGCAAAUUGUUUACCUCUAGGUGCAUGAAAUGUUUGAUUCUCAGAAAAAGCUUGUUACUCAAUAAAACACUGAAGGCUGGAAUAUUAAACA